AUGCAAUUAAAUGAUAAUGAUGUUGGAGGUGAUCUAUCAUUCAGAAAAAUUAUUAAUAUGCCUACCAAGUUAUCUAAAGAACAAAUUUAUUCAUGCAAUCCUAUGUAUUUCAUUUUAUUGAUUAUUUAGGACAAUUGAGUAAAAUUAUUUGAUUGAUACAGAAAUUAAAUUAAACAAUGUUAUUACUACUAUAAAUACUUUAAAUAUUAAUCCUGAUUCUCCAAAAACAAAAAAAUCUCUCGAAAUUUGCCAAAUACAAUAUGAUCAACUUAUAUAAAAGUAAUUUCUUUUAUUUUAUUAUAUAAUAGAGAACUUCCUGAUUUCAGAAUAUAAGGAGAAAUAAUUUAAAUUACAGAAAAAAGAUUCUUGAUUCAUUAGCUUUAAAUUGCAUAAUUAAGAAAAUAAGUUAUUUUACAUAGAAAUAAAUUAAAACAUGAAUAAAGAAUGAUAAAAAAAAAACCUAUUCAUAAUUUAGAUUAAAGUGUAAGCAGGUACUAAAAUCUACAUAUUAGAUAGUAUUUAAUUAAGUGAACAUUUAAAAAGUCCAACUGAUAUGAUUGAGAGUUGGAUUGAGACUCAUUUUAAUAAAAGUUAAAAAUAUUAAGCUAGAUUAUAAAAGAUAAGAUAAUAAUAAGAAGAAUAGGAAAAGAAAGAAGUAGAAUAAUAAAUAGAAUUUGUAUCAUCCUUAAAGAAAAGAACAGAAAAAAAAAGAUAAAAGAGAUUACUGACUAUUUAAGAAAGGAAGGAAAGAGCAAAAGAAUAAAAUUCAAAAACUAUUGAAAUAUAAAGUAAAGUUAAAAAAGCUUAAGCAGAAAAUUUAAAACAAUCAUAAGUAAGAAAAGAAAUAGACAGACAAGCAUCAAUAAACUUGUAUUAUAUAAAAUUUAUUUAGAGAUAAGAAAAUUGAUUAAAUGAAACAAUAAUAUUCUGAACAACUCUAAUAAUAAUCUUAAAUAUAUUAAGAGAAAUAAUAAAAAGCAAUUUAAAUAAAAUAAGAAGGUGAUUUUAAUAAAUAGAUAGUAGCCAAAUUAUAAUUACUAAAAACAGAAAGAAAUAGUGAAGCUCUGAGCAAUAAUAAUAAUAAAUAAUCAAAGGUAGAUUUAUGGUCUGUUAGAUUACCAUAAUUAUUACAUAAGAAAGAAGAAGUAUAGUAAUAAGAAUACAAUAAUAAUUUGGUUUAUGUGGUUAAUAAAUUUAGAAGAGUAAGCACUUAUAAAACAAUAAAAUCUGCUCAUUCUUAAGAAGAUUUGACUUAAAAAUAAUAACUCUAAAGAGAGAGAUAUUCAUCAAAAUAAGAAUAUUAUUAAAAUAGAGGAGAAUAAGUUUAGGUUAAAUUAAAAUAAAAGAAGGAAUAUUUGUAAAGUUUGUAAUAAAAAAAAUAGAAUGAUUUAGAUAAUAAAUUUUCAAAAAUAAAAAAUUAAAUUGAAGAGAAUGAAGUAAGACAUGAAAACAUCUAAAAGUAAUAUUAAGAAAAAUUAAACUUAUAAUUAAAUAGAGAAAUAAAUAAACAUAAAUAUAACUUAAGUUUAUUGAGAUAAAGAGAUAAAGCAGUUGAAGGUUUAAAGUAAAUAUGAAUUCUAAAUAGAUUUAUAAGGCAAUUGGAUAAGAGUAAAUCCUCGUCAUCAUUAACAUAAAUAGGAAAAUGA